CAACGAUGUAGCAGUGUUCAUUGUGUAUUCUCCUUUUAUUAUGAAUAUUUAUAUUCAGCCAAUUAACUUGGAGAUCACACCAACGGACGACCUCACUGUCUUCGUCACCGGGUGGGGGACGCUCCAAGACCAUCUUCCAGCUGGAGACGUUCUGCAUUAUGCAACGGCAAAAAUCACUCCUCGUAGUCAAUGUCUCGACUAUAUCUCCGACAUCGACAGCCGCUUCAUGUGUGCCACUCUAGCGGAAGGAGAAGGUCGUAGUUGUCUGGGCGAUCACGGCAGCGGUGCUAUGAUCGGCGAUUCCCUCACAGGAAUAGUCUCAUGGCUUCACAUGGCAGAAAAAGAACCUGUAUUAGUCCUGACGAAUGUAACCAUCUACAAGGACUUCCUUACAUCGUACGCCAACUAA